UUCUUUCUUUCUUUUUUGUGUCCUUUAAUAAAUCAAUAUAAGUGGCCUCGUUGAAUUUGAGCCGGUGGUUGAUUGUUUAUAAGUGAAUAAGAAAAAAAGUAGAAGAGACAGGUGUGCUUUCUCUUCAUAAUUUCACAAGAGAAAUGGAGAAAACAGAGGAAGUGGUUGAGUUGAAGGAGCUUGUAGGGCUUGUGAGAAUCCGAGUGAAGAGAGGGAUCAAUCUUGCUCGCCGAGAUGCUUUUAGCAGCGACCCUUUUGUCGUCAUAACCAUGGGUGCACAGAAGCUCAAGUCUUUUACUGUGAAAAAUAACUGCAACCCAGAGUGGAACGAGGAACUGACUCUUGCGAUUGAAAAUCCCAAGGAGCCUGUAAAUAUGAUGGUGUAUGACAAAGAUACAUUCACAGCCGACGACAAGAUGGGAGAUGCGGAGAUAGAUAUCAAACCGUUCCUAGAGGUUCACAAAAAAGGUUUGCUAGAACUUCCAGAUGGUAAAGAGCUCAAUAGAAUUGCUCCCACCAAAGAGAACUGCUUGUCUGAAGAAAGCAGAAUCGUCUCUGAUAAAGGCAAGAUCGUUCAGAACAUGAUUCUUGUGUUGAGGAAUGUUGAAUGUGGCAAGGUCGAGAUUCAGCUUGAGUGGAUUAAAAA